AACUGAAAGAAAAGAAGUGACCACAACAAUCCGAUACGAAUAAAUCAAGGGAAAGGGUGUACGAUGUCGGAAGAAACAAGGUUUCCAAUCCCUGCAUCUCUCCAAGAUUUGGAGCGAGAGCCUUACAACCUCUUGCCCUAUCCGAAUGAUUUUGACGACGACAACGAAGCUGCUCGUGCCGACUCUUUUUCUCGGCUCGUCACAUCAAUUGAACAAGGAAACCAAACUCUAUUGACAGAUGGCAUUUGUCUGUUUCAAAAACAGGAUCCGCAUUUGAACGAAGUCCACUACACUUGGAUGGACGGAGAGCGAACACAAGCUUUGUACACAUUGGUCCGGUACGUUUUGAGCCGGUUCAAAUAUUUAGAACAUAUGCUUUCAAUCGACGUCAAAGCCUUUGCUCACUCAAUCAAAACAUCAUAUUGCUUUCGUCUCGCUCGUUAUAAAAUCAAAUAGUAAAUCGACAUCUCUCGCUCCAGGCACUCGUUGGGCCUUGAUCCAAGCUCUAUGCCAAUCUGUAAAAAUUCUUUCUUCGCUCCUAGAAGGUGAUGUGAAUUCCAAUCCUGACGAUAGGGAAGCAAUUCAAGGUGAUAAGGCGAUGGCGAUGCCGCAGUCUUCGCAGAAGACAUCACGGCAAAACAACGUCUUCAGUCAAGAAUUUCGUGACGCCAUGGCUUGUCAUUUGUACAUGCUAUUUUCCAUCAUGUUUUUCAUGGAAUCCGAAGCAAGAAUCGGGAAUUCUAGUGGCAACAAGAAAUCUUCAUCCCGGGGUGGGGUUAAGAAGGGCGGAAAGAGUACUGGAGAUUCAUAUUUGGAUGGAGAAGACACGAUCAAAAUGAGAGCAACUUGUGCCGAUGCGAUGUUGAUAGCGGCACAGAGUAUGGGGGCAAAUCGAUUCAAGCUAUGGAAACGUGGAGUCGCAGAUGAAUCCGUCAUUGUGCUACCCUGUCGUAUCGCAUACCAGAUGCUUGAKAGUGCAUCUGGUGUGAUUGCUCGCAAGGCAGCUUCUGGCGAUGCAGCUCUGGCCAUGAUUGCUGCAACGGUAGAUUCAUGCGAUAGCCUGAUGGGAACUAUCAUUGCAGCAUUAAUGGACCUUAUGCAUUCAUUCGAACACCUAGCACCAUUAUGUGCUGAGCUUUGUACGCUUGUUUCGACGAACAAAUUGGGCGUGGAGCUGAUCCGCGAAGUUGGACGACUGGAUACGAGUAGGAGCGGUGGAAGCGACUCGGCAAACAAAGCUAGUGGGAUCAAAUUUGUUGCCCCUUUUGUUUGCGAGCUUGCUCUUUGUCUUCCGCAACUUGUUCUAUCCAAUUUUUCCCAUUUGCUCCAUCAUUUGGAAACGGAACCAUAUUACUUGAGAUCGGCAAUUUUGACGGCCUUAGGACACAUAAUCGAAUUUAUCGGGAAGUCACUUCAACCAAACAGCUCUGAAAGUUCAUCUUCUCAAAGCAUAGAAUGCGAGACAUCUCCAGGAAACUUGCAAAAAUCUCGUUCUGCGUUGUUGGAUAUUCUUCAGGAGCGCUCUCUCGAUAUAAGCUCGUAUACCAGAUCUGCGGUCCUUAAAUCCUGGAUUCGUCUAGCCGAUUCUGGAAGUAUUCCAGUAGAGCGGGUUCUUCCAGUUACAAGAAUGGCAAUCGAUCGUCUCCAGGACAAAACUGUUAUAGUUAGGAAGCAGUCGUUGCAGGUACGUUAUCGAUCGGAUUUAACGAACACUAUUUGUUGAAAAUCUCAGCCAAGAAAACUAACUGUUUAUGUCUUGUUACUGAUUAGCUAUUGACUAGUCUGUUGGAAAAUAAUCCUUUCAUGGGAGACUUAGAUCCCAAGCCAUAUCGCAAUAAACUGGCCGAGAUGUAUUCUUUCGUGAAGGAUAAUUUGCCAGAAAAUAUAAAGGAAGCAUACGAAGCAAGUCUUGCUGAAGCGAGAGCGAACGAGGAGUCAGAAAAUUCAAUACUACAGUUGGAACAGGCCACCUUGGCUGCUGCAAUUGCAGAAGCAAAUACCAUGGAUGGGGUAGAUGAGCUAAAUGUGAGAGAAAAUGAAUUCCGUUCCAAAGUACAAGCUCUAAAGUUUGCUCAAUCAGCGUUAGACUUUAUUGAUCAUUUUGAAGAUGCGAGUUCCAACCUACAUGGAAUGCUCUUAUCUGCUAAUGUUAGCGAUGUAACCGAAGCGCUACGAUUCUUUGUAAAAGCCCGUCAUUUCAAUCUCCCUUGUGCAGUAACUGGAAUGAAACAAGCAUUGACGCUCAUGUGGUCGACAGAACAGAAUAUCCGAGAUGAAGUACUCAAAGCGUUCUUGGAUGUAUUCAUUGCCAAGCCAGGUACUGAUGGAAAAGAUUUUCUACCGAGCAACCAGAUUGCCAAUAAUCUAUUAAUUCUAAUGAGCGACGCAAAUGUCAGUGAGCUUGCAUCUAUCGAAGAGGCAAUCGGUAGCUUGGUAAAAGAUGAAAAAAUCCCUGCUGAAGUUUUCUCUAGCCUUUGGUCAGCAACUGUAAUAGCGAGGGACAGAGAUACCAGAGCAUCAGCAUUGCAUAUUCUUGCUAUGGCCGCUAAUACGGAUAGAGCUAUUGUCGAUAGCAAAUCUCGUCUCAAGAUUAUUUCUGAUCAUGCUCUUGGAGAUCGUACAGAAGAAAAUCGAGAUUGGAAGAUGGCACAAGCCGGUGCACUAGCGUUGCAGCGAGUUGAUCGAGCUCAAAUAGACACAUCUUGUGCGAAAUAUCUAGUUUUGGAGUAUAUCAUCGAACAGCUCUGCACAAUUGCCAGGGGGGAUUGGUGCAUUGAUGAUGUCGAGAAAGAUACUCUCCAAUGGUUUUCAACGGCGGAGCAAGUAAUUGGAGCAUUAUUUGUUAUCUCUCCUGAACCCGAAGUUUGCUGUGCAGAGAUCGUCAAUGGAAUGCACAACCAAACUCUUGGCGGUUCUUCCAAAGUAGAAGAAUGUCACCCCCUUCGCCUUGCGAGGUUUUUCCAUGUUCUCGGUCACAUUGCUAUAAAAUUGCUUGUGUAUACAGAAGCAUUGUCGGGGUCGGUUCGACGAGCAAACGCCAAGAAGUGUCUGAAGAAGCAGGAAGAGGCUGACAAAGCGAAGCAGGAACGCAUGUCUGAGAGUUGCCGUAGUAUAGACGAAGACAUUGAAGCUGAACUUGGAAUGGAGGCAGAAUUGGAGGCAGAAAAUGAAAGGCAGGUGGCAGAGAUUGCUGAAAAAGAAAUUGUGGGCAGGGGGCUCCUCAGUGUCUUCGGGCCACUGUUGGUUCGUGUUGUUGCAAACGAUGGAGAAAAAUUUAACUCAGAAAUACUGAGACAGACUUCAGCACUCGCACUCUGCAAGUUCAUGUGCGUAUCAAGCUCUUUUUGCGAUCAGCAUCUUCCGGUUAUUUUUACAGCCCUGAACAACGCUCCAGAGGACGAUAUAACCCUUCGUGCAAAUACUGUAAUUGCACUGGGAGACUUGGCUUUCCGGUUCCCGAACGAGGUGGAACCUUACACUCCUCGCAUCUACUCCUGUCUUCGUGACAAAUCUACAAAAGUGCGGAGGCACACUCUGAUGGUUUUGACUCAUCUCAUUUUGAACAAUAUGAUCAAAGUUAAAGGACAGGUCUGUGAAAUUGCAAUUUUGCUGCGUGAUCCCGACCAGCGGAUCCGGGAUACUGCAAGACUGCUCUUCCACGAGCUAAGUAAACGAAGCAAUAAUCCAGUGUACAAUUUGCUUCCUGAUAUUAUCAGUCAACUCAGUCUCGUUGAAUUGGCCAAGGAAGACUUCCGAUAUAUUCUUGCCUUCUUAUUGGGAUAUAUCAAAAAGGAUAAACAAAACGAAAUGCUCAUUGAAAAGCUGUGCCAACGAUUCUCCAAGUGCCGGACGAUUUCUCAGAAGGCUGAUAUAUCGUACUGCAUGGCUCAGCUGAAAGUUAAUGAACGUUCGAUCAAAUUUCUUGUCGACAACUUCAAGCUUUACAAAGACGCUCUUCACGACGACGAUGUGAAACGAAAUUUUGCCUCGAUUUUGUCAAAGGCGAAGAAAGUUGCUAAACCAGAGUUGAAACAGGGACUGGAUGAAUUUGAAAGUAAGAUCAACCAGGAAGCUGAGGUUGGAAUGGAAAAUCAAUUAGCUGGGGAAAAGGCAGCAAAGGCAAAAGCCAGAGCAUCAAAGAGAUAUGGAAGGCGGUUGCCAAAAGCCAUUGCAGAAGAGCCUAUUUUAGAGAGUGACAACGACUCUGAUAAUGAGUCAGAAAUCGAAUCGGAGGAUGAUGUCCCCUCAAAGCCCCUGACUCCAGUAAACCCUAACAAGCGUUCAGGACGGCGGGCUUGUAGGAAAACACGAAAUCUUAUGUAGUGAGAAAUUGGGAUGUUCGAGUAUAUAUUAACUUUUAAUUGCAUGAAUAAUAUAUCAUUUAGUAU